GAUUGACAGUCUUGUCCAUUUUGUUUCGCCUUUCGCGGCUUCGCCGCCAUUUUCAUUACAGUCGAUGGUGGUUUGUGCGGUGGUCGGUCCACGGGUUUUUUGUUAGUUUCCUUAUUAUUUUAGUUUGCAAGUUUUUUUCCACCCAAGGGGUACCGAACAAAGUAUGGAAGAAAACGGCAACAAUAAAGGUGACAAAACACCUCCCCCUUCAGCAAAAAGCAGCAAGUCCCAAACUGCUGCUGCUGCAAUAGACACUCCUCCAGAAGCCCUAGCUGAAGCUAAUAGUGACGCAGUAGAAGCAGUACUUCAGGAACCACACAUGGAAAACCAGCCGGAGGGGGCUUUCCCACUGGAAGCAUGCGGAUCUGAAGGUGAAGUGGAGAUGGAUCCUUUGGUAUUAACAGGUGAUGAACCAGAUCCUGAACUGUUUUUUGAUGAGUUAUCAGAUGGUGAGGGUGGAAGCAAUUCACCAGUUGCCAGUACAAGUCGUUGUAGAACACGCCGGAGCCAUGCUCGAAGUAUCCCCACACCACAAUCGACGACUCCUCCGGCGUCCUCCUCGUCGACUCCAAGAACACGCAAGUCGGCAACUCCGCCAGCUUCGGCGAGUCCGACUCAGAGGGCGAACACCCCGUCAACCUCCACCACACCCCCCCUUCCAGCGGUGGUGAAUCAACACAACGGGGAUGAUGAUGACACCGACGAAGACGAUGAAGAUGCAUCAACGAAUGCACAGCCGGGUAAUGAUUCGUCCCGGUUCAACUUGUCGUUGUCUUUGCCGCCUUCGAGUGACGCCGGAAGUGACGGUUCGGGCUAUUUAGCGUCUUUAAGAAUGCUGUCACCACGCCAAACCAUUCGACCUCUGAAUGAUUCCCAUCGCCUGCGUGGUGCCCCUGUUACCCGAAGCCAGUCCCGGGAAGCCGCGGCCGCUUCGGCUGCGUCAACUUCGCAAGCGCAGCCAAGGAGAAGGAGGCGCAGCAACAACACCGCUACCUCUGCGGUUGAACCAAAACGAAUGAGGCCUGCAAUUGACGGUAUCGAUGGUGGAGUGGUGGGCGGCGCUGAAGAAGGAGCUGGAGGAUUAGGCUUCAUGAACUUCUUAAGAAGAGGUUUCCGUGCUGGUGGCGCUCAACCAGGUCCUCGUGAACCUGUCCCAGAAAGUCCAGAAAGGGAUCCCAGUGCAGGUGAUGGACAGCAUCCUGGAGCAAGAGAACAAGACGAUGAAGAAGCACGGGAUGCAGAGCCAGAAAGAAGGAACCACUGCACCAUUAUGUAACUGAUGCAACAGUACAAAGUUUCUAUAAUUUCGUUCGUUUGUUACAGUUUUGUUAGUAGUAUUUAGUGUUUUUGUGUUUGUUUGAGUUCGGUAUUCUGAAGUUAACUGCUUCUAAUAUCAGUGUUUGUUUGUUAACUCUUAACCACAGAUGUUACGGUUGGGGAGAAAUUGAACGUUUUUAAAAAGUUGUAUCUUUUUGACCCGGAUGACAGACAAUUAGUUUUUGCCUUACUUGUCAUUUUCAGGGGGGGAACGAGACAUUUUUAAAAGACUGACUGAAGUUGUUACAAAGUUCAGUGCAUUCAGUUUCAAAAUUCAGUGUUUCUUGAAUUUUUUUCAUACACUUAAUUUGAUUUGACAGAAAUCAAAUUAAAGUUAAUAUCCAGUGGUUAAGGGUUAAAAGGCAACUUUUUUAGAAUGUUUAAGUAAAUGGUCAGAAACAAACAUAAAUCCCCUUGACUGAUUUUGUUUAUUUGAUAGGGUCUCCGUUAGCAUACCUUUAAAGCUAGAAGUAUUAUUAAUUGACCCGUGAAUACUUUUUGAUUUGUUAACAUGUGGCAAUGUGUUAGAGUUAAAUGUUAAAACGUAUUGCUUUACGUUUCGUUACAUACAGUCGUGCUCUAAUAAGUAAAACGUAAAUAAUUUUGCGGGAUAGCUUAGUUCCGAGGGCCUUGACUUAGCAAUAAGUAAUGGAAAUUCUGGAGAUUUUGAGUCAAAUUCGCUCUUCGUGCUGGUUAAUCCAAUGAAUCAAUCAGAUGUUUCCUAAAAUGUAAAUGAUCAAAGUUACUUAUAAGACCACAACUGUAUGGCUGGUGUAGUCACCUAUGAAAUGAUUUAUGUGUCCUUGAAAUGUGAGACAAAAAAAUUAAGACACUUAACUAGUUGGAUUUUUUAAAAGCAAUCGAUACCAAAAAUCGAGUUUAUUAGUAAAUGAUAUAUUUUAUUAUUAGGUUAAGUUUCUUAUUUUUUAUGAUCCGACUGCCUAUUUGUAUUUUUAAUAGACAAAUAAAGACAGAUUUCCUAUA